GCUUUGAAAGCCGCCUCGCCAUGUUCGAGGGGAACUCUUCGUCGCACUCCUCCGCCAACGCUGCUUCACGCGGCGGCCGUGGUGGAUUUCCUCGUGGCGGCGGCCGCGGCAGGAACGGCGGAGGCCGUGGUCACGGUGGUGGCCGUGGCAAUGGAGGCAAUGGCGGCAAUGGCGGCGGCCGUGGAAACGGCCACGGUGGUCGCGACAAUGGAGGUGGCGGCCGUGACGAGCUCCCGGAGGUCUUCUGUCAGAUCUGUAAGAAGCCAAAUCACACUGCCCUCGAGCGCUACCGUCGUUUUGACAUCGCCUUCACCAAAGAAAAAAGUGCAAGCGUCGUGUCCAACUCCUCCUACGGUGUUGACACGAACUGGUACGUUGACACCGGCGCCACCGACCACAUCACCGGCGAGCUGGACAAGCUCACCAUGAGGGAGAGGUACAACGGCCACGACCAAGUGAACAUGCCAAACGGGUCUGGACAAGGCAACGAGGAACACCCUCCUCCAAGGCAGGUGUAGAUCCGGUCUCUACCCCCUAUCAUCGGCUUCCUUAAGCCCGGGCAGGCAAGCUUUUGGCGCCACCAAGAUAUCUCCGUCAAGGUGGCACAAUCGGCUAGGUCAUCCGUCUUCGCAAAUCGUUCAGCAUGUUCUUAGGCAAAACAAAAUUUCCUUUUCUAGUCAUGAGUUGAAUAAAGAAGGGGUGUGUGAUGCAUGCCAAAAAGGCAAA